CUGAUUCUCUGUACGGAGAGAGAGAGAGAGAGAGAGAGAGAGAGGUGAAGUGGGGGAGGAAGGAGGAGUGCUCGGAGAGCUGUGAGACGGUGCUCCGGCGAAGGGACUUGGGGGAGACGCAGAUCAAGGAGUAGCGGUGUAGCACAAAGGGCGCUGUUUUUUUGCAGGAUACUUCUGGUAAUGAGGCACGAUCGACCCUCCAAUUGAAAAUGGGAUCAUCUGCUGAAACAAGGUCCGGUUUGACGAAUAGCAAAUUUUACAUGGAAAAUGUAUUGACAACAUGCAAUGUCCGUGUAAAACGAUGCUCAACACUUACGAAUUCAAGCCCUGUGUCAUCGGCUGGAGAGCACAAUGGUUCUCUCGAUGGAGCCAGUAAAGAGAGAGCUUUCAGACAGGGCUCAGUGGUGAAUCCUGACUUGUUAUGCCCUUCAAUGAAAAGCUCAGACAGUGAUGGUCAAUGCUCUAAUGCCGACACCAGUAAUCUUCUCAAUGCAUCCUCUUCUAGUGAACUGGGGUCUCAGAACAGUAGUAAUACAAAGAUUUCUGAUGACACCUCAUGCAUCAGUGGACUUGACACUGCAAAUACAGCGGCUGAAAAUCGUUGUAACAAUGCUGAAAGGAAGAAUGAUGGGUCAGGUAGCUCUGCUUCAGUCAAUAGCUUUCCUUCAUCUGAAAAAGCUGUUAAUGAUCAGCAAAACAUCCUGUAUAAGACAAGCAGAAACUCUGAAGAAUCUGGCAGUAAUCACGGGGAGAGGUCCAUGAAGGAUUCUGAAACUAGCAAAGUGGAUUUUCCAGGGGCUCCAACUCCGAGAGAACCCUCACCUAAGGGGGAAGCUUCUGUGUUAUUUGAGGAGAAAGGGGAAUCAUCAAGUACAACGACGUCUUUUAAAGAGGCAGCUGAGAUUUCUAAACAUCCGGAAACAAAGGAGUGCAAAGAGAAACAGUGUCGGCCAAUGGAACAACCUUAUAUCACAGAGAUUCCUCUUCCAUCCCAGCCCGCUGAUAAUAACAGUGGAGCUGACACUGCUGAUGAAGAUGUUAGAGUUUGCGAUAUAUGUGGGGAUGCAGGUCACGAAGGUUUGCUUGCCAUAUGUACCAAGUGCAAUGAUGGGGCAGAGCACAUUUACUGUAUGCAUAUAAAGAUGGACAAAGUUCCUGCUGGUGAUUGGGUCUGUGAAGACUGUGAAAUCAGCCAGGAAUCUGGAAGAGAGAGGCAGAAGGAGCUAGAAGAGGCAGAGAAAGCAUUGAAGAGAUCAUACUCAAUAGACGCAACUCAAAGGCUUGGAAGUCUUGGUCCAUCAAAUUUGAAGAAGAAAUUGCAAGUGGAUGCAGACGCUUCUGAUUUUGAGAAGAGGACAGCUAAAGCAGUUAGUUGUUCCUCUAAGUUGUCUUCUAAGAUCACUUCAGGCAAUUCAGAGGCUUCCCCAAUUACAAAAAGGAGAAUUUCGGAGACACGUGAUAAAUCAUCAAGAGUGUCUCCUCCACAGAAAGUGCUGUUUCGGAACUGUACAUUCUCAUCACCAACAAAUAUGGCUGAGGGAAAAGUUAAGCCACUUCCUUUGGGCGGUUCAACGAGAAGUACCUUUUCAGUUGGUAAAUCACGUCUUCUAAAGUCAAGGUCCUUCAACAUUGGAGACACACGAGUGAAGGAUCAUCGGCCGAAGGAAGGCAGUGAGAGGUCUAUCAUAAUUAAAGAUCACGGGAAGGAGAGCCGUCGAAUUUUCUGUAAAUCUCAGUCUUUCAAAGAUGCCCACACAAAAUUCUCAGGUCCUGACAUUUCAAUAGCUAAGAAGAUGCUGUCCUCUACUUCUCCUCGUGUUAAGGAUCGGAUCAGAGUGAGGCAGAUAGAAGAUCAGUCUUCAAGUCCACCAAAGAGUGUACCCAAGCUGGGUUCAUUAAAUGCUGACAAUAACAAUAUCGCACGAAAUGGGGAAUUGACAUCAAAGCAUUCUGCUGUAGCUAAUAAUCAUGAUCAGAAGAGAAUUCGAGGUUAUGAGCAUCUGAGUACUCUCUCAAAAUCAAGAAUGUGUCCACCUCACGAUGGGUCAGGGGAUCAACAUGUCGAGAACCAAAUAGUCGUGAACAAUGCGAAAGCAGAACAGCCUUAUAAAGCUAAUGAGUUGGAUGUGAACAGGUUUACGAGAAGACCUUGUUUGGACAACUUAGUUCCUUCACCAAGGAGCGUCAUUCCGCUUGCUGAUUUCCUGUGGAAAGGUGGUUUUGAGGUUUCAAGAAGUGGAGGCCUUACUAGUUUGUUUCCCUGGAUUCAAGCACAUAAAUCAAAUCACGCUUCCGAUAAAGUUGACGGUGUUAUGAGCAAGUUCCCUCAGAAGAUAGUAUUAGAUGAAGUUCCUCGUUCAAGCAUGUGGCCCACUCAGUUUACGGAUACUCAGGUCAUGGAGAACAAUAUUGCUGUGUUCUUCUUUGCAGAAAAUCAUGAGAGCUAUGGGACCUACAAGAGCUUGUUGAAGCACUUAAUUGUCAAUGAUUUAGCUCUUAAAGGAUACGUCGACGGAGUCGAACUGUUGAUAUUCUCAUCUAAAGUCCUGCCACCAGAAUCCCAACGUAUGCAGAGAUGCUGGAACAACUUGAUGUUCCUAUGGGGAGCUUUCAGAAUUACGGGCGUUAAUUCCCCCGAGAAUGAGCCAACUUCGCGAAACGGGCAUUGUUCUCCCGGACCCCGUACAGGAUCAUCAGAACCACAUACUCUUGUUACAAAAGAGAUGCUGAGUGUUGGACAACCAAAGACGGAAUUGUUCCCUUCAAACAGAAAUCACACUUCACUGCAGACAUCAAACUUGAAUGGAUUGCCUUUUGCUUCUUCCAAAAGAGUCUAUGAGAUUCCUGAACCUGUGGCUUCUUCUUCAGAACCUAAGGUCUCACCCAUGCCGGCAAAUAAUCACCAGCUCAGAAUAUUUAACUCUUCCCUGAUUUACUCGCCGGGAGAAGAGAAGGAUUUAUGUAAAAGCAGGGGCUUGGAUCUCAACUUGAGGGAUCCGCCAUCCAGUUCCAGUUAUGACGAAGAGCGUCCAAAUAGGAAGAUGAAGGGCAUUGUCAAUGCACUGCCUGAGCCUUGCAGUCUGAAGAUCAUUCGGUUCUUCGAAGUGGCCCCUCUUUUUUACACCAAGGAUCUUGCGUCCACCAGUGGUGAAAGCAGCAUUGCAAGAGAUAAGGGGCAGUCCACCCUUGAGGAUGUAAACCUCGAGCUUUCACUAGGACCCAUAAACUUAUCGGGAAAACGGAAGGUCUCGAGCUUGAGCUUUGAGGCUGUGGAUUGCAGAGCUGGCCAGACGAAAAGACUGCAGAAAGAUGAGGAUGAGUUGUCGUUGUCCGUCUCUCUUUCUCUUGCGCCGCCUUCAUGACUGGAAGAGGGUCGAGAAAUGCGUUACAUGAAAGGGCCUUUGUUUUCAGUUAUUUCUUUCCGGUGGUGGCACCUCAGGUUUUUGUCUCCUCGAAUCAUGCAGUGUACAUAUAGCUAGUUAAAUGGCAUGAAGGAUGUUUUCGAACGUAGUUGGGGUUGUCAAUAAUGGAGGUAGAAUAGGAUCUAACUUGCAUAGAAACCAAAUGUUUUCAUCUUAUGCCAUCUCAAAUCGAACUCUUCUUUCGGCAUUAUCAUAUAAUAGCCCUAUAAAGAAUAUAAAGGUAGUUAUGGUAAAGACAAAAGGUGUGUAUGUUGUUUGAAACGUCUUUAAAAGUGUACUUUUAAUGAUGUUUCAGAAAAUAAGAAGACUUUGUUAUUUUGUAAGUAGUAAGAGUUUUGUUGUACUUA